GUCUUCUCGCCUCACCAGCGCCAGGGGUAGCCCAAGCCGAGGAGAGCACAUUAGGGAUCUGAGCCUCGAGGGUGGUUGGCUCUAGACCAGGCGUGCUGAGACGCUGCCAGCUUCCUACACUUCGUCCCCAGCCCUCGCCCUGUGGCAGGCGCUCGGCUCAAGAUGAAUCUCAACUUCACCUCGCCGUUACACCCGGCAUCUUCUCAGAGGCCCACGUCCUUCUUCAUCGAGGACAUCCUGCUGCACAAGCCCAAGCCGCUAAGGGAGGUGGCCCCCGACCAUUUUGCCAGCUCUCUGGCCUCCCGGGUGCCUCUGCUAGACUAUGGCUACCCCCUCAUGCCCACACCCACUCUCCUGGCUCCUCACCCCCAUCACCCUCUACAUAAGGGAGACCACCACCACCCUUAUUUCCUCACCACCUCAGGCGUGCCUGUCCCGGCGCUGUUCCCGCAUCCCCAGCACACAGAGCUGCCGGGGAAGCACUGCCGCCGCCGCAAAGCUCGCACGGUCUUCUCGGACUCGCAGCUCUCGGGCCUGGAGAAGAGAUUCGAGAUCCAGCGGUACCUGUCCACGCCGGAGCGGGUGGAGUUGGCCACGGCCCUCAGCCUGUCCGAGACGCAGGUGAAAACGUGGUUUCAGAAUCGGCGGAUGAAGCAUAAAAAGCAGCUGAGGAAAAGCCAAGACGAGCCCAAAGCGCCCGACGGGCCUGACAGCCCCGAGGGCAGCCCCCGCGGCGCAGAGGCCGCACCCGCCGAGGCUCGGCUGGGCUUGCCCGCCGGGCCCUUCGUGCUGACCGAGCCCGAGGACGAGGUGGACAUUGGGGACGAAGGGGAGCUGGGCUCAGGGCCGCACGUGCUCUGAGCCGCCGAGUAGGGGAGCCGGGGAGGACGCUGCGGGGC